CCAGCUCUUUGAAAACGAAACGACGGCAAGGCAACACGAACUGAACGUACGGCGGUGACAAGAAAACCGAUACAAUAUUAUCUAGACUGAAAAAAACAUUUUCAUCCACCAUGUUACAAACAAGGAAGGUGACCAACGCGCCGAAGAAGGUGCACAAGAAAUGCGUGACAAUGAGUGACAAUGCCCGGGAAAACCUGGAUGGGAUGGAAUUUAGCCCGUCCCAGUGUAUGGAGGCCCCAGUCCGAUGCUGUGGGGUCAUCGCACACCAGGAAAACCCCUACAUGCUCCGAGGAAAGAACAACUCUGGUGAGAAAAAUGAGAAGAAGGUACUGGGUUUAAAGGUGCGCAACAUCCAUCAUCAAAACAAGGUUAAUGGCGAAACAGUGGAAGUGCUACCCUCAGUGUACAUAGCUAAAAUGAUGAGAGAGAAAAGUCAUAAGGCUACCAAGAUUCCCCUAACUCUCUCAGGACCAGGACACACUCCCAGCAGCACAGAAUUAACAAAGAAAAUGAAGAAAUCUCACCACCACCAUCAACAUCAUUCCCACGGUCACCAUGGACAUCACCAUGGCCACCAUGGCGAGUUUGGCUCAAUAAGCAUGCUCAAGAAGCAUCACAAGUUCCAUGUGGCCAAUCCGGAGCCGUCUGCUAUUAUGGACGAUG